AUGUUUGAGGGGCCGGUGGAGUGCUGCGAGUGUGCUGCCCCCGUCGGCGACGAGGGGGCGCUGCGGGCGGUGCUCAUCCUGCCGUGCCAGCACCUCCUCCACGCAGGCUGUGUGGAUUACAUUCGCAAGCGAAGGAAGCUGGAACAGCUGAUCGUUCGGGGCGAUCGGGGCGGGAUGGGCGCGGCGCAGCCCGCGCACCUCAAGUUAGCUGGGGGGAAAAUUGACACCAAGAGCAGCGGCAGCAGCGGCAGCGGCAGCGGCAGCAACGUGGAUGGCGGUGGCAGCCGUCUUGUUGCGUGCCCGGCGUGCAUGGUGCCCAUUCGGCGUCUCAUUCCGCUGUUUCCCAGCGGUGGGGAUGCGCGGGCUGCGGCGAGGGUCGGUGGUGGCGGUGAGGCCGAAUCGCACUUCACUACCACGCACAAGGCGCAGAAGAGCCACAUUGCCCAGCUCCGCGCGCUCUACGAGCAGCGGGAGCGGGUGACGCAGCUGACACGCACGUGCGCCCUCAUGCACGAGCGCCUCUCGGAGGCGCAGGCGGAGGUGGACCGGUUGUCAAGGGUCCUCCCAAGCGUGGCGCCCGCCGCACACGUGCCGCAGCUGGCGGGGGAAAAUUUGUGCGUGGAGGGCAUGACCGCCACGGAGCUGGAGAUGUACAUCCUGCAUUCCUCAGCGACGCUUGAGGAGCUAGAGCACGACGUUGGCGAGCAGCGACGGCUGGCGGAGAAAAAGCGGAGGAAAUUGAGCCAUUUCCACGCGCGGUUUCAGGCGAUGAAGGCGCUGGGGGAGAGUGCGCGGCACACCCACCGGAGGAAGGAGGAGACGUCGUCGAGCGGCAACGAGUCGCCCGGGCAUUCUGUGGGCCGCGGCCGGCGCCCGCGUGUGCCGCCUGUGGUUGAUGUGGAGGAAGAGGAGUCCGCCGCCAAGACGCGGGCGAUGAGUGUCUCCUCCGGAAGCGGCAUCUGCGAUGGGGAGGAGCAAAACCAACCGCGGCAGCAGCGCGAGGCGGCGGAGGAGCGCGGGUUUGUCAAGGCCAACCUCGACGGCGGCGUUGAUGCCGCUGAGGAGGGGGCGGAGGACGGCGGCGACGACGAUGUCGUGUACGUUGACCAUACGGCCCCGCACUUCGCGAGUAGUGGGAGCAGCGGCAGCCCAACCGCGGCCGAUGCCUCCUCCCACGCUUGGCGAACACCUACCGGCACCGAGGUGAGUAUGGACGGGCGCAGUCGCGGCGAGAGCAACCGCGGCAGUGGAAAUGACGGCGUAUUCGUAGCGGAUGUUGGCGGCGAUGACGGCGGCGACGAUGCUAUGAUGUGCUACAGUCCCAUGCCGCGGGCGGCACCGCUCCAGCAGUCCGGGAUUCGCGUGCCGAACGCCGCACGUCUUCUCCCAAGGCGCGAGGAUCGGCUGUGGCAGCCGUCGCUGGAAGGUCUCUUGUGA